UCCAUAAAUUCCUUCUCAUACAAAUUGUUGAUAUCAUAUAAAUCUUCCAAAUUGUUUCAGUCUUAUCAUCAAACAUUCCAUAUUUUUCUUCCAAAUUGUUUCAAAUUCUUGCUUGCCUCCUCAUGUAAGAGAUGGCUUAUGCUGUUCUCGGUUCACUAGAUGAAACAAUAGAUCAGAUCCUAUUUUACAGAUAUAGUGAAUACCCCCUUUCUCUCAAAGGAAAAGAACAGAUUUACAGGCUCCAACAAAAAGUAGUUUCCUUGCGUGAAUUUGUUGAAAAGUUUAAGGAGGAAGGCAGCAGGUUGGAAUCAAGAAUCAGAGAUGCAGCUAAUGAAGCAGAGGAUGUAAUCGAGCAUUGGAUGCACGAGCAUAUCCGAUCACCUUCUGCUACGGAUAUUGAGUAUGAUUUAGGUGAGCUGAAUAUGGCGAUGGAGGAAUUGAACUCCAUUGCUGAAGAGGUGCAGUCAUCUCCAACGCCCGCACCAGCUGUCGAUAGGAAUAAGAUGCUUCUCGAGUCAUCUCCAACACCCACGCCAGCUGCUGUUGGUCUGGAGGAGCAGGUCGACAAAUUAAGAGUUUUGCUCUUAGAAAACCAAACGGACAAUGACAUUAUCCCAAUCACGGGGAUGGGAGGUAUUGGAAAGACAACUCUGGCCAGAGCUGUUUUUGAAGAUGACCAAGUUGUCAACCACUACCCUGUUCGUGCCUGGAUCACUCUGUCCCAGAAUUAUCAAAUCCAGAAUGUGUAUGCAGAGCUCUUAUUUUCCUUGGAGAAACAAGUCGAAACAGGACUUUUGGAUGAUUGUGUCACCACGGAAGACAAAUUACGCGAAAUCAUUACUUUGAACAAGUGCCUGAUUGUGGUGGAUGAUCUAUGGAGUGAGAAAGCUUGGCGCGAGAUACGCAUCAUAUUCAACAAGGAAGAUAUGUGUAACCGGAGUUGGUUUAUGAUUACCUCAAGAGAUGACCGUGUGGUUUUUUAUUCCAUUUAUUCCACUGAUGCUCACAGGAUGGAUCUCAUGGAUGAGCAUGUAAGUUGGUGUCUGCUGAAGCAAAAGGUGUUUGGUAGCAAAGAAUGUCCAUCUGAGUUGGAGAAGAUCGGAAAGGAUAUUGCAAAAGCUUGUAAGGGGCUUCCCCUUGCAGUUAUGAUAGCUGCUCGUAUAUUGUCUCAAACAUGUCAGACUCAAUCCUCAUGGGAGGAACUUGCUCCAAACAUGCGUUCACUUAUCGUGGAAGACGCACAGUUCCAAUAUACAAUGUCUUUGAGUUAUGCUGAUUUGCCUCGUCGUUUGAGGUCUUGUUUCUUAUACAUGUGUGGCUUCCAUGACGAUUAUGAAAUUCGCGUCUCCAUGCUUGUCAAGUUAUGGGUGGCUGAAGGAUUUGUUAAAGAUCAAUGGGGCGCUGAACAAUAUGUGAAGGAAAUCGUGAGCAAAAAUCUGGCUUCCACCACGUCCAUCAAGUCCGAUGGCUAUGAAAUCAAAAGUUGCAUUGUCCAUGACUUGGUACGUGACGUGUUCAAAAUAAAGGCGAUAGAUGAGAAUUAUGAGCGACGGCUCAGUAACUCUCAUCUUGAUCUAAGGGAGGUUGCAAGAGGGUAUGCCUCAACGCUCCGUACCAUUAUAAGCUUCCAACGUAAUGAAAGCUCAUUACGCGGUCUGCGCAAGUUCAAAUUGCUGAGGGUGUUGGAUGUGGUGGAUACUGAUGCCUAUGCACUCCCUGCAUCUGUGUUCGACCUCUUUCACUUGAGGUACCUUGCUUUCGGAUGUCCAAUGGAGGUUCCAUCGGCCAUAUCCAGGCUUCAGAAUCUUCGAUCUUUGAUCAUCCGUCCCAGCAAAAGAUCAAGGAAAUACAUAUACAACUCAAUGGAUGCGGCAUAUCUUCCGUUAGAGAUCUGGAUGAUGCCACUUCUGACGCAUCUCGUCUCCCUUUUUGAUCCUGUGCCACAUCCAGAGGGUGCGGUUUCUACUCUGAAGGAGCUUCACACACUGUGUGUGGUGAAGAAGUUGAUAUGUACAGAAGAGAUGAUGAAAGUGAUUUGCAAUGUGGAAAAGCUGGCAAUCACUUAUUUUGGAGACAAAUAUCAACAAGACUAUCAGCUUGAGAAUCUUGUUCUCCUGUCUAAACUUGAGAAGCUGACACUAGUUGUGACGAAAGGUUCUCUCCUUCAGCAAAAAGCGAAGCCUGUUUUCCCAAAGAGACUGGAAAAGUUAACCUUGAGUGGUUGGCGAUUUCCUUGGGAGGAUAUGAGAGCUAUUGCAGCUCUGCCCAAACUUGAAGUGCUCAAACUGAGAGAUCAUGCCUUUGAAGGCGAUACAUGGGACACUGAUGAGUACAGUGAUGAAGAGUUCGUGGACGAAGGAAAAGUGUUUGCUGAACUGCGUUAUUUGGUAAUUGAGGAAUCUGAUUUAGAGAAUUGGGUUGUAAAAGAACACCACUUCUCACGACUGAAGCACCUAGUGCUUAAAGGUUGUCGUAAGCUGAAUAAGAUUCCAAAUGCCAUUGCACGCACAUUAGAUAUUCUACUAAUUGAGGUUGAUCGUGCAAACCUAUCUCUUCUCAAGUGUGCCCGAGAGAUCCAGCAAGAACGUAUUAACAGAAAUGAUCGAAUAGACCUUGAAGUUCGAGAACUAUAAGAUCCCAAAUUCAUAAACACAAGGUUACAAUGGUUCGAACCUGCACUUCUGGAGAAGCAUCAUCCUCUUGACUCCUUGUUUCUAAUUCUGUAUCUUCUUUCACAUUUGUGUAUUUAUACAGUGUUGGGCCAGCUUUUGUUUUUAGUUGGGCCGAUUAUAAGGAUCAAAAUGAUAUUUUUGGGCCUCUUAUUUAUUUAGGUGGCAUUUUUUUUUUGUUUAAACUGUUUGGGAGUUAUUGUGCGAGGAUCACCUAUUUUGUAAUACAUUUGAUAAUACAUCAUUCUCAAAUGACAAUGUAUCAUAUUUAUAUGAAAAAUUUAUAUAUAGUAGUAUAACCUUUACCCUU